UUUUUAGCUCGCCUGCUAACGGCAGGCUAAAGUUUCACUUUCUGUCGCUGAGGAGGUUCCUCUGCUGGACACCCAGGACUUCCCGGGAAACGAAACCAGAAGCAGUUCUAGUUUUACCGGAGGGCCUUCAGGUCACAAAUGUGUCUUUGUGACCACAUUCAGCGGUGAUUUUACCAGUUUGUGUCCAAGUUUCUCCCCUUUGACCGCCUAAUAACCGUCGCUUUACGCAGCUAGCUUUAGCGGCUAGAGCCCCGCUAGCAUGGACAGCGGCGGAAACAUGCAGAGUAACGAGGAGCGAAACGCGGAGAAACAGAUGGAUAACUACUUGAAAGCGAUGGGUUUUCAUCGGAAGAAGAUUGCCAAAGAUGGGUCGUGUCUGUUCCGAGCCGUGGCCGAGCAGGUUCUGCACUGCCAGAGCCUCCACACUGAGGUCCGGACCAAAUGCGUAGAGUUCCUGAAGCAGAACCGGGACAGCUAUGAGGCGUUUAUCGAGGGAAACUUUGAGGAAUACCUCAGCAAGCUGCAGGACCCGCAGCAAUGGGUGGGAGAAGUGGAGAUCAACGCUCUGGCUGUCAUGUAUAAGAGAGACUUCCUGAUCUUCCAGGAACCCGGCAAGCCGGCGGUGAACAUCACAGACAACAACUUCAAGGACAAAGUGCGGUUGUGCUUCCUGAAUGGAAACCACUACGACAGCGUUUACCCCAUCAGCCACAUGAAGAGCGCUGCUCUCUGCCAGUCCAUCUUGUACGAGCUGCUGUACGAAGGCGUCUUCAGGGUGGACCGCAGCUCCCUGGGUCCGUGUCAGAGGAUGAGCCGGGCCACGGACCUGCUGAGCGACGACUGCAUGGCCGUCUGCGGCAGCAGCGACGAGUCCGACCAGGAAGCCCACGAGCCGCUUUGGGUGGAAAACGGAACCGGCUCGGUUUCCUCCAGACCCGGCAGCUACAGGGGCCGAGGCCGCGCCCGGAGUCUGCCUGAGCGGGUGAGGCGCUCCCUGAACCCGACUCUGCUCCGAAACGUCGACUACGACAUCUGGCACAAGACCAAGAGAGCCCAGCAGAAGAUGGAUUACUCCAUCGCUGCAGGGAUGCAGUUCUCUGUUGGGGAUCGCUGUCAGGUUCGCCUGGACAACGGCCGGACCUACAAGGCCACCAUCAAAGAGGUUCCCCCCGACAACAGCCAUGUGGCGGUGCAGGUGGAGGAGCUGGGGAAGAAGUUGGUGCCGCUGUGGAACAUCCGGCCGCUGAAGGACGAGAACAGCUGGACCACCGUCACCAACCGGGACAAGAGGCUGAGCAACGGACACGGAGAGUGGGAGGGGCGAGGGAGAGGAAGAGGACGAGGGAAGCCCAUCCCAGCAUCCUCCUCUUCCUCUGUUUCCCAGGCAACGGCUGUGGGCUCCAGUGGGCGCAUGCAGAAGCAACACUCGUGGCCCCCGCAGGCCACCGUAGAGGAGCAGGGGAAGCCCAGCAGGAAGUCGCUGGGCGCAGCAGAGCCGUCUUUCAGGUUGACAGAGCGGGAACGUUUGGCCAGAGAGGAGGAGGAGGAGAUUAACGUGGCGCUGAUGGAGAUCCAGCUCAGAGACGAGAAAAGCUUCCCCGCCCUCGGCAGUCAGACUGUGACUCAGGCUGAAUCAGGCAGGAAGAAAACUGGAGACAAGAGGCGAUCUCAGAGAAACAAGACGAAGAGUCCAGUUGAAGACAUGAGAGCGCUGUCGCCCUCUGCAGGCGACAGACCGAACUCCUCCACUCCGCCUCCAGCUGCUGUCACCAUCUCCUCUCUUCCUGCUGCUAACUCAGACUCGACUGGGCGGAGCUCUGUGAAUGUAAACAUGGCCGCCGGCGCUGCAUCAGGCUCCGCCUCCGUUCUCCCGCCCACCUGUGCUGCUCCAGAGACUAAGUCAAACGGCCAGUCCUACGCCUCCGCCGCGGCCGUGCCGGUUUCCCCUCCGCCGGGCAUUAAGCCCCCGGCGCCUUUAUCCUUCUCCUUCAUCACCCCGGUUCUCCCUGCUGCCUCUCCAGCUCCUCAUCAUCCUCCAUCUUCCUCAUUUGCUGCUGCAUCUUCUCCGCCGUUAUCGUCAGCUGCCGCUCCGACGUUCAUCGCCCCUAUCGCUCCGAGUCCGACAGCGGCUCAGGGCUUCACCCGCCCCUUCUCCCCGCUCACCGCGCUGCCUCGCUCGCCCAGUCCUCUCUCUCCCUCCCCCACCUUGAUCCCACCUGCUGCUCAACCCAAAGAAGCUCCACCAGCCCACACCGAUGUUUUACCAAAAACUGAGACGAGUUUUCCGGCGCCUCAGCCUCAACAGAGUGAGACGUCCGUCCCUCAGAGUCUUCCUCAAGUUGUUCCAAACCUGAUUAAAGCUUUGGUGCCUCAGGCAGAAGGAACAACCCAACACUCUUUACAGGAAAUCCAGACCCAAAGUCAAGAACCACAAAUCCAGAUCAAGCCUGAGACCGAGGUCUCCUCCCCCCAGAAACAGCUACAGUCCCUAACUGAGGUGUCUUCAGAACCUCAAACACUCCAGCCGCAGUCUGACGGCACCCCGGUUCGCUCCCCUCAGUCCUCUGAACAAUCCCCCAGCGUUCAGAGUCCAGAAGACCCGGAGCCUCCAAAGUCUGAUUCUCCUCCUGCCUCUCAGCAGUCACAGCCUGCUGCCCCUGCCACUCUUCCCCAGUUACAACCUCACUUCCCUCACUCCAUCCAUGGCGCCGUCCCCCUGCAGCAGCUGUCCCAGCUCUACCAGGACCCCCUGUUCCCCGGCUUCCCCCAGGGGGAGAAAGGAGAGGUCGCUCAUAUCCCGCCGUUCUCCACUAGCAAGUCUGGAGACGACCUGCCGAAAGACAUCAACAUCUUGAGGUUUUUCUUCAACUUGGGCGUCAAGGCGUACUCCAUGCCUAUGUUCUCCCCCUACGUGUACCUCUUCCCGCUGCAGCAGUACUCCACCAUGCAGAUGAAGCCCCACGCCCCGUCCUCCCACUACCCCUGCUCCAGCCCCCCCACCAAGCUGCAGGAUCCCUACCAGCCGACCCCGUACCCCGUGCCCUCCUCUUCCCCCCAGUACGACCACCACAGUCCCCCGGCGGAGCCCCUCCGCCCCGCUGAAACCCAGUUCAACCAGAAUCCGUACCCGCCGGUCUCCCAGCCUCUGCCACCGCAGAGGAUGCCCUGCGCCUCUUUGCCAUGGCCUCCGCCCAGAAACCCGCCGCCGUGUCCUGUGGGAUACCCCUCGCCUCCGCCGCCGUACUCCAACGCCCCGCCGUCCUCUCAGGGGUACCACCCGGGUCAGGCGACGGUGCACUCGCUGUACCCGUACCCGCCCUUCUCCUUGGGGUACCAGCCGCCGUCGGCCCCCGAAGAGCUCCAGGUGAGCCAGGCGGCCAUGGAGCAGCUGCAGCCCGCCAACCCGGACCCCGUCCACAGCCACGGACACGUCCGGGUCCUGGGUCCGCUGGAGGCCCCGCCCACUGUUAGCAUGGCUAACGCUAACAGCAACAGAAGUAUUGUGGUUACUACCAACUACGCCAUGAAGAAGGAGGCUUUAGAGGGCCUGACCCGGACGGUGCUGCUGGUGGACCCCCCACUCAACAACAAGCCCAUACUCGCCGUGGUGUCCGACCCCGACCUGAACGACGCCGCCCUGCGGUCCGGCAGCAGCCCCGCCUCCCCGUCUACCUACCGUGGCGCCCGCAAACACUUCCCUGGCCCCAAGCCGUACGGCGUUCCCGUCGUCCCCGGCGACCCGGGCCAGCUGGUGUUCGCGCCGGCCGUCAGCAUGUCAGAGCCGCUGUCGGUGGCGUGUGGCACGGAGGAUGACUUCGAGCUGGAUCCGUUCGCCAUGGGCUACGGCGGGCAGAGGAAGAUCUACCGGGGGCGGGGGUCCAGGGGCAGGAGCAGCUACGACCCGGGGAGGGGCAGGCGUCGCCACGGCGACCAGGGGGCGGGGACUAAUUUCUUUAACUCCUCCUUCAGGGCGCGGGGUCGGGAGAGGGGCUACUAGCUUCAGCCAAUGAGAGAGCAGCAUCUCGAACACUAUGUUUUCGUUCUGCUUCUUCCGCUCUGCAUGUACAAUCUGAAGUUUACAUCUCUGAACGGCUGAAUGUAAGAAUUAAAGGGGCGGGGCGGGGCGGCGUCUAAAAUCCAUGUAACAUUAAAUUAACGUGGGGACGAGGAACCCAUUGGAAAUAAUUUGCUCUGUUUUCCCUCCUGUUUAAUGCGAAGCGCUGCUGCCUCUCCAUGCUGAGAAAAAACCUGUUUCCCCUCCAAAACUCCAAUUUCCCACCGUCUUUCUGUCACUUCAAUGCAUCGUAGCGCCUGAACAUGAGUUGUGGCGUCUAGGUGAUGCGUUUGUAGGGCUCAGGUUUUAUUCAGCGCCGUCUGUGUGUGUGUGUGUGUGUGUGUGUGUGUGUGUGUGUGUGUGUGUGUGUAGGUUUGUUUCUGUGUUUGCUGCUGGUUUCACUUUCUUUCUUCACUUUAGAUCUAAACUCUGAGGAAUCAGUGCCUUAAGUUUGCUACUUUUAUUUGAUGAGGAACACUGCUGUACAGAACAAAGAAUGUCUGCCUUGGAUUUUUCUAUGUGGUUAAAUAAAAAGUUUGGUUCAAAGCUUUA